AUGAUCGAACACGCCUACUACCCACACAUCGUCGAAGCCAUUUUCGACUAUGCGGGGUUCGAUUCCCUGGUCGCAAUGUCGCAAACGUGCCAGGAUUGGAGGCACCGAGCGUCCGCCAAGAUCGGUCACAUCUACCAUUUCGACGGCGAGUCCUUUUAUCACCCGUUUGAUACCACCAAAGAGAAUAUUGUCAGGCAAUGCCGAAUCCUGGAUGUUGCCUUUCACCCGACAUCGCUCUCAUCGGGAUUUGAUGCAGAGGCUCAACAGUUUGGCCACGCCCGACUGCCAUCAUACGCUUUAAACCUUGACACCAUCCGUUUCGUUGAUGUUGGGUACCUCCAAACGCCCAUCUGGUAUGCCGCCGCCCGCAGGCUCGUGUUCGGACAGUUCCAUUGCAAUUGGAAUCCGCGUUUCCUCCAAGACAAGGACUUUACCGGGCGGGCUCUCUUCAUCGGGGUGAAGAGGGUCAUAAUCAACCACACCCUGCGGACAAGCCGAUGUCAUCAGCUCGAGCCGAGAAGCUUCUUUAUGACUCUGCGCGAAGUCGUUUUUGUCUUUCAUGGACACGAAGCAUGCCCUUGCUGUUUCCUGAGCGUCUUACGUUCGGCACGCAGAACACAUGUCCCCGUCACCGUCGUCGGAGCGGAAACGUUGACUACACACGCGACGUUCCAGCCCUACAGAGUCGAAGGACAGAAGUUCACCAAACCGAGCGGCGAUCGUCGUUUGGCUGUCCGAGGUAUCAGACUUCUGACUCAUGAAGAGUAUCGGGAGCUCAUUGGUGAGAAGGAGUACGCCAUCGAAACCGACUUCAAGAUGCCAGAGAGAGUCAAUAGGUAUUCAACACCUUCUCUUUACGACCCCAUCUCCUAA